GGACGCGCAAGUCGUCAAAGGCUUCUUCACCCUCGCGCAGGACAAUUUUUUCAGCGUGUUAGACGACCCCGCGAAGUUUUCGCGGAAAAAGAAAAACUUCAAGCACGAGCACAUCUGGCACAGCAAGUAUGGGAAUUUGAGGAAAAUUCUUCGCUUGGACCCGAAAAGCGUGCGGGCAGCGGCGUGCGCGGGUAAUUGUGUGAAUAGCGAGAUAGCAGGAGUAGACAUGAUGAAAAUAAAUACCGCAACCACGCUGUCGAAGCAAACAACAUCUAAACCGGCCAUGAUCACAGGAGCUACGAGCAGCACAACUACAAACGGUACUACAACAACCCACACGAGCGAAGAUCUGACCAUCACCACCAACAAGAUCCCGCUCCCCCUUCUCG